AUGCAGCAGCAGUCCGUGCAGCAGCCGUACACGCUUCCGCAGCAGUCGUUCCAGCAGCCGUAUUCACAGCAGUACGCGGCACCGCAGCAGCCGUAUGCCGCGUCGCAGCCGUCAUACCAAGUACCACAGCAUCCGCAGCACCCGCCGCAGCACCCUUCACAACGUCCCCCGCAGGGCCCCCCGCAAGGUCCGCCGUAUUACCCACCGCAAGCCGAACACGUCGACCAGAACGACUUCUACGCGCAGAGCUCGCAGUACAACACGCAUUCUCAGCCGUCGUAUGCCUCCCCGCCAAAUUUGUACCCGAAUGCUAGCCACUCGGCCGCGCCGCCGCCACACCCUGCCCCGGGAGGGUACCCGUCAGGCCCAGGAAUCGGCUCCCCGGAAACCCAUCUUGGAGCCCCGUCGAUGUCCGUGCCGCACAUGGCACCGCCACUGCCAUCCGACAUGGCUUCGCUGCAAACUGACAUGUCCAUGAUGGGUAUGGGGCCUGCUCCGUCCAUGGGUGCGCCAGGUGCCGCAGGUGUUAUGCAUAUCAACUUGGAGAUGAAAGCUGUCGGCUUAAGGAAUAAGGACAUAAUUGGGAAGUCUGAUCCUAUUUGUUAUGUUAAUGUUCCGCAUCCAUCCACACCUGCUGGGGCCGCGAGCAACCAAGUGAGAAAAUGGAUCAUUGCUGGGAGAACAGAGGUUGCUGAGAAUACCUUGGCCCCGACCUGGGCGAAGCGCGUGCAAAUGCCUUUUCACUUUGAACAGCACCAGGUGAUACGGUUUCUCGUUAUUGAUGUGGACAACAAGAAAACCUUGCAAGGGGAUGGACUAGGCCACUGCAUCACGUCUCUAGCAGAAAUUGUGCGAAAUGGAGUGCUAACGCUAAAGCUGUAUUCGUCACGUGGAGCAUCUGCCAAGUGUGGAGACCUAAUAGUUCGCGCGCACGACGACAGUCCCGCUGGCAAAGUGCGCCUAAAGCUUGCUCUUUCGGGUGCAGGCCUUGAUAAGAAGGACAUGUUUGGAAAGUCCGAUCCCUAUUAUGAAUUACGCCAGAUAAUUGCAGGGAAUCGUGGCACCUCAACUCUAUAUAAAUCAGAAGUGAUCAAAAAUAAUCUUAAUCCGACCUGGGAGCCGCAUAGCCUCUUGCUUUCCCCAGGUGGUAUGAGUUGGGACAGAGUGCAGUUGCAGAUCAUUGUGAAUGAUUGGGACAAGUACACUCCACAUGAUCUCAUCGGUGAGGCAAAGUUUUCGCUAGCGGAACUCACCUCGAAGCCGUUAUUUGACCUUAUCAACCCGAAAAAGGCUCUCAAAGGUGGCAGUUACAAGAAUUCUGGUCGUCUUAAGGUUCAUCGCGCGGACGCCGUCGAGUUGCCAAACUUCAUAUCAUAUUUACAAGGCGGAUUGCGACUCAACUUCGUUGUAGCUGUAGAUUUCACAGCGUCGAACAAGCCAGUCAAUGACCCAGCCUCGUUGCAUUAUAUUAAGGACCCGAUGAAGCCAAGCCCGUAUGCACAAGCGCUGAAAGCAGUUGGUAAUGUAUUGAUGGGAUACAUACCUGAUGGGUAUGUCUCUGCGCUGGGCUUCGGUGCCAUCCUUCCUGGACAAGGAAACACGCCGUCUUUUGACUUCUCGUUGAAUGGAGAAACGGACCCACGAGUUCCUGGUGUCUCUGGUCUCCUCGCGGUAUACGAGCAGAGUGUCAAAAAAGUCACCCUAGCCGGUCCCACAAACUUUGCUCCGUUAAUUACGAAUGCAGCGCAUAUGGCCUCCUUAUACCCUGUCACUCCAACUUACCAGCAUUUUUCAGUUCUACUCAUCCUCACAGAUGGAGCAGUCUCAGAUCUUGUAGAAACAAUUGACGCUAUCAUUGACUGUUCCAAGAGGGCUCCGCUAGCGAUCGUAAUUGUGGGUAUCGGUGACGCUGACUUUUCAUCUAUGAGACGAUUGGAUGGGGACACCGCGAAACUGCGAAGUGAUUCCGGACGCGAGGCGAAGCAUGACAUCGUGCAGUUUACCAAGUUUGAUACAAAGAAAUCAGUUGAUGUCAUCGCCUCAGAGGUCCUUCAAGAAGUUCCGCAACGUGUUGUAGAGUAUAUGAUCGAUGCUGGAAUCCAACCGAACCCGCGCACAUAUUAGGUUCAGGAAAAGUGAAUGAGAUUUCGCUGGCGUGGCAUCCACGAUGAGCGCUCCUGUCAUCUUCCGGAGGAUAAAUGCAUUCGCGAAGCGCCCUGUCAUACAA